AUGAUGCCACAACAUAAUGAACAUUUAUCUUUUACAUCAGAUGAUUUUGUCUCAGAUAUUGAUUAUUCCGAAGCACGUAAUAUUCUUGAUAUAACAACAAUAAAACAAAAACAACUACGUCGACAACGUUCACAAACAUUAUAUACACAAUUAUUACUUAAACGUACAUAUGUACAUGUAUGUGAAUUAUUAAAUUCAGAAUGUAUAACAAAAAAAUCUACGCCAUUAUCAAUAAUUGAUAUAAAUAAACGAAAAUUAUCAACUGAUCAUCAUGAUUUAUCAUCAAAAGUUAAGAAAAUGAAAAAUUCUAUUGAUAAUGAUAUAUUACAAUUUUUACGUGAAUUAAAUUCUGUCAAAGUAACAAACAGGUAUUGA